AUUGCGCAUGCUCUGUUCAAUUGCCGUGACAACAAAUUUUGUCUUGAACACUCAUAACCCAAAGAAAAGGCUAGAAUUUUGAGCUUUUGCAAGUUUAACAUGUGGAACCAAGAUCUGUAACCACUAUUUUUCACUAAUGGACUAGGCAAUUUGAAUUCAAUAUGGCGUCCAGUGUAUCAUCUGAUAAUGAUGACGACUAUGAUUCUGAUGUCACAUGUGGAAGCAGUGACACAGAUGAUAAGGAUUCCUACGACAGUGGUAACUCCUCAAAUGAUGACGAUACAGGCAACGAUGAGGAAAGUGAGGAGGAGAGCGAUGACGAUGAUAGAACAUCAGGAGAAAAGCUUGAGAAUGUUAUGUGGUGUGGACCAAAGAAGAACCUUCCUGUCUUGGUGUUUAGACCUGAGUGCAACUUCAUCAAGGUCAAGCGACUCUAUGCAACAGGAGAAAAGCACCACCUUGCCUAUAAGAUCGUCCGCACUGACUGCAGAGUAAUCAGGCAGCUUCUACACAAACACGGGUUCCAUGAGGUCCAUCCUAAUAGCUCUGAUUUCAACUUGAUGUGGAUUGGGUCUCAUGUCAAACCAUACACUCUGAGAAGCUUUACUGACUUCCAGAAAAUCAACCAUUUUCCAAGGUCCUAUGAAAUCACAAGAAAAGACAGAUUGUACAAGAACUUUCAGCGGAUGCAACAUGCCAAGGGUUCACGUCAUUUUGAUUUCUUGCCACAGACCUUCUGCUGUCCUUCAGAGUAUGAUGAUUUAGUUGCUGCACAUAACAAGGAGAGGGGUACAUGGAUCGUUAAACCAGUAGCUUCAUCAAGAGGAAGGGGCAUCUUCCUUGUCAAUAGCCCUCAGAAUGUGCCAUUAGAUGCUGCUUAUGUUGCUUGUCGAUAUCUCAACAACCCUCUUCUCAUAGAUGGUUUCAAGUUUGAUCUGAGGUUAUAUGUAGCAGUGACAUCAUAUGAUCCUCUUCGUAUAUACCUCUAUGAGGAAGGCUUAACCAGGUUCGCUACUGUGCAAUACCAACAGAACAACAAGACGAUAAAGAACACCUGCAUGCACUUGACAAACUACAGUUUGAACAAGAAGAGCAGUGACUAUGUCAAGUGUGAUGAUGGAGACAUUGAGGACUAUGGAAACAAGUGGAGUUUAGGGGCCAUGCUUCGGUACCUCAAGAAACAAGGCAAAGAUGCAAAACUACUACUUUCAAGGAUAGAAGAAGCCGUCAACAAAACAAUCAUCUGUGCCGAGCUUCCUGUUGCUACAGCCUGUAAGAUGUUCUUGCCCUACAGGGGAAACUGUUUCGAGCUGUAUGGUUUUGAUAUCUUAGUAGAUGCCAAUCUGAAGCCCUGGGUCUUAGAAGUCAAUCUUUCUCCAUCAUUAGCUUGUGAAGCGCCAAUAGACAUGAAGAUCAAAUCAAACAUGUGUGGUGACCUGUUCAGUUUAACUGGCUUUAUUAUACAAGAUCCGGUUAUGAGACGCAUGCAGCAGAGUAGAAGAAAUCAGGAUCUAGCCGCCUCCAGCACUCUCAGGCAACAGCGUCAACGACCCAACUCGGCUGGGAUGAUGGGUAAUAAGCUCUCUAGACCAAAGUCUGCUGCAGCAUCAGCAGGUCCCAAAGACAGUUCUGGACUGACUCUAGAGGAGCGUAAGAUAGUCCUAGAGAGCAAGGAGGAAUACGCCAGAAGAGGCGGCUGGAUGAGGACAUUCCCUUCACCAAAUUCCAUGGAGAAAUAUGGUUCGUUAAUGGAAAGCAGGAAUUCUAUGAACCAGUUACUACAUUCCAGACUCUUCUCUGACAAGCAUGGUCAAAGGACCUAUAUUCCACACUCUGCAAGUGUGGAUUCUAGUAGCACAUCUCCCAGAUCUAAAUCAGCUCACUCGUCCCUGGCUUCGUCCCGAGCCAGGCAGUGCACGAAGAUGUCCCAUGGGAUGAUGCAGGAACUCCAGGAGAGGGAGGUUGAGGAGCACUUAGCUCAGUUACUCAGGAAGCUCAGUACCAAAGACAACUCUGGAGAAAGGCGCAGCCUGCGCACCAAGGUCCGCAACAAGUUUCCUGCCACUAAGAGGAUAGCAGCACCAAACCCCAGGAAUGCAGUACCGAGCAAAGCUGAGGUGAAGUCAGAAACGGCGCCAUCUAGGGCACCUCUUGCUCAGGGCAAACUGGAUUCUCGCCCCCAAACAGGGCAAAGCAAAAACUCUGCAAAGCAGGCCGAACCUGCUGCCCAACAAACUACUUCAACCAAUACUGCUGCAGCUACACAACAGCAACAAAAACGACCAACAUCAUCAAAACAGAACUCUAGUGUAUCACAGUCAAACAUCAACGGCACGAAGGGCGUAGACAAAGGGGGCGGUGGUGGUGGUGGUGGUGGGGAACCGACAAGUACAACAAGUUCAUCUGGUACCUGGGUGCAUGGGAAACCCCCAGUGGGACCCAGUCAGGGGUCAGGAGGGGCCAAGACAGGAGGGUCAGAGAGCAAUGCUGGAGCCAGGAUGGUGCUGGAGAUACAGAAACCCAAGGGACCUACCAAAGAGGAGAUACGAGAGUUGGUCAAUGUUCCUGACAUCUUGGACAGGGGUGGUGACCUAAGCAAGCUGCAAGCCAGAGAUGCCUUUGCAACAUACCUGCUGAGAGUUCAACAGAGACUACUCGCUGAGACAAGCAAACCACCGGAGAAACUAGAUGAGAUAGACCAGCAUGAUGAACAAAUGGAUCUGGUUCUGCGGUUCCUGAAGAGGGCAGCAAGCAAUCUUCAACAGCAGUUCAAAGUGAUAGUUCCGAGUCGGAAGCUUCCCAUCCACGACAGAAGGAGAAUCCUUGCCAAGCAACUGGUUGACUUUGUCCAGAUAUAUAGCAAGGAGACAGAGGAGAUGGAGAACAUGAAACCCAAGAAGAUAGUCAAACCUCACAAUCAUCAUCAGUUUGAAGAGGAUGAGGAGAGCAUUGAAGACAACAGGUUCACUCAUUUUGUUGGAGUCGCCAAUGAGAACGAGCUAGAGGAGCUACUCACCACGUACACCAAACAGAACAAAUCUGCCAGCAUCUUCCUAGGGACCAGUACGAACAACCCCAAAUCGGUCUCGGAGAUGAUGGCUCAACCUACCUCGGUCAACAGCACCAACCAGCAACAUCAUCAUCAACACCACCACAACAACCAUCACCACCAUAAGCAACAGUUGCAGCAACAUCAGCUUAAACAUGGGACCAAUGGGGGACCGACACUGUUGCAUCGGCGAUCAAGUUCGACUGAGAACCUGCAUUCUAGCAAUAAGGGUGGCGGAGCUGCCGGAGAUAUAGCCAAAGAUAUAAAUUCCAACUCAGUGGCAGCAAAGCAUGGUGUCCACUCGACCAAAGCACUCCAGCACUACUAUGCCGCAGCAGGUGCCAGCAAUACUGCUACCACCGGCGACGGACACUACCAUCACCACCACCACCAGCCCCACCAACACCCCAUGACGUCAUCCCCAUCAACCCUAUCACUCCCCAAACGCCCCCACUCAUCCACGCCCAACGCUGCCGAGGCUCGCCACGCAUCAUCGGCAGACGAUGCCGUGCAGGUCUACAGCGCCAGGUUUAAUCGGCAGCGACCGUACUCUGCUAAAGCUGGAUUUGAUUCAGGGGAUGGUCGAUCGUCUGGGAGACCUAACUCUGCUGUCGUCUACAGAGAUUCAUCAGGAGGACAAAUAGCUGCAAGGCAUUUUUCCGAGAGUAGUCAACAGGCCAUCCAAGAGGCUCUCGGGAGACUGGCCAAGCGACAAGCUGCACGUCAGUACUCUUCAUCCAGUGUCCAGAACCAGAACCUACUCACCCAGCAGUAUGUUGAACAACACUUUGGACUGACCAACCCUCCCCAGGGGCCUGUUCAGGCUACCCCUGUAACUGGGUAUGGAUCUAACCCAGUCUUGACCAGCACCCUUGGUAGGAGUAGCGCCCGAUCACGCUCUAGUAGUGUCGGCCAUGUUCGAAGCCCCAGUCAGAACUCUAUAACAGCCGUUGCAGUGGAUGCACAAGCGGGAAGUACAGUGCCACAGAGAAGCGCAAGUAACAGUCGCGUGAGCAGCGCUGUCCUCAACGAGAAGGGACGCGGUGGAGCGAGUCAGGAGCAAACGGGCCACAUACGCCGAUCCAGUCACGGCGGUGUUGUCUUAAAUAGAACUCACAGCUUCACGACGGAUACAAGUUCUAAAGAUAGCUCAGAGCUCAAUGGACCGACAAAUGCCUCAAAAACAACCAGCAGCCACAGUUUGGCCAACGGAUUGUCGGACGACGCCUACAGUGCCCAGAUCAAAGCCCUGCAAAACCUCACUGUUUCCAAUCGGACUCCCUACCCAAAUGCAGCCGGUGCGUUACAGCAUCAACAGGAAGGGAAUAACAGCGUGCCAAUAGGGGGCGGUAGACAGAUGAGCGGUGGUGCAUCUCGGCCGAUGAGCCUUCAGGAGCAGCAGCAGAUGGCUUAUGAGUUGUCCCAACAAAGCAAGGCCAAGCAUCAAGAGAAGGUGAGAGCUGAGUCAAGGUUGGGAGUGGGUGAUGAAUGUUGAAGCGUUGUGGAGGGGGGAGAGAGAGAGAAAAAUAGAUAUCAUAACAUUAGCAUCCUUGCCAGCUUUAACCCAAAGUCUCCUUCGCUCAAUUAGAGGACAGAAAAUUUUGAGUCAUCUAGCGUUGGGACCCAGAUGGCAUGUUUUUCUACAAUUAUAGAUAAUUGUGUUUACCCAAGUAAACACCAGUGUGAAAGUCCUUUGCAAGAGACCCAUGUGGGCAGGCUUUGGGUGUAUUGAGUGAUAUUGAAUUAAGGUAAUAGGAACAUAUAUUAGCUGGUUGUUGAUGAUUUGUGCCACAAUCUCAACUUUUGAAAAG